AUGGUCACGCUGUUGGGAUUCCUUUUCAUAGUUGGUAACGUGAUGCUCAUCGAGAUCUUCAUGCCAGAUCUCAUUGGACCGGGCCCUUCCUGGCUAUACUAUAGUUUCGCUCUGGGCAUGUGGAUGUAUUCGACAUUGGACAAUGUCGACGGCAAACAAGCGCGAAGGACUGGAACGUCCAGUGGACUCGGAGAGCUGUUCGACCAUGGCAUCGAUUCCCUUAACUGCACUCUCGCGAGCUUGCUAGAAACGGCCGCCAUGGGCUUCGGUUCGACUCAGCUGGGAGCUUACACAGCCCUUGUUCCUUGUCUUGCAAUGUACUUUUCGACUUGGGAGACAUACCACACGCACACCCUCUACCUCGGCUACAUCAACGGUCCCACAGAGGGCUUACUCGUUGCGAUUGGAAUUAUGAUUGCUUCGGGAUACUUUGGUCCCCAGAUAUGGUCGCAACCCAUUGUUAGAUUCCUGAAUUACCCGCAGAUCUUCGGCAAUUACUCGGUGAAAGAUGUCUGGGUGCCUUUCCUUCUGCUGACAUUCUUUGUCGGGCAUCUGCCAGGGUGCGUCUUGAAUGUCAUCGAGGCUCGCAGGAAGCAGGGUCUCCCGGUGUCCUCAAUCUUCAAGGAGUGGGUGCCAAUGAUUGUCUUCACCGCUUGCAACAUGGCCUGGCUCUUCUCCCCCUACUCGACGCUGCUGGCUCAAAACCGAUUGGUCCUGUAUUGUUGGACCAUCUCGUUUGUCUUUGGCCGGAUGACGACCAAAAUCAUCCUUGCGCAUCUGCUCAGACAGCCAUUCCCUUAUUGGACCGUUCAACUCACCCCCCUGAUUGGUGGCGCCGUGCUCGCCAAUCUGCCCCGGCUGGGUUUCCCGGCAGUCAGCGCCUGGGUCGAGCUUGCGUACCUGCGGGCGUAUCUGCUGUUUGCCUUUGUCGCCUACAUGUACUGGGCCGUCCUGGUGAUCAACCGGAUAACGACGUUCUUGGGUAUCAACUGCCUGACCAUCCGGAAAGACCGAUCCAUGGCCCGGGAGCAGGCUUACCGCAGUUUUGGGGAGGAGACCCUGGAGGAGCCGAAUUCGACUGAUCCUCUCAAGGGCGGUAUCAAGCACCACUGA